UCACAAAAAGUUGUGAUCUGAGCGAAGUCGGUUGAUUUCAUUUCAUUUUUUUUUUAAAUUAUUCGUGUCGCUGCGAUCGGAUCGGAUUCCCCAAUAAUCUCUGAGCAUACCGCCUAUCCCUCAAAAUGUCGUUGAAUCCGCAGUACGAGGAAAUUGGCAAGGGAUUUGUGCAGCAGUACUAUGCGAUAUUUGAUGACCCGGCGAACCGGGCGAACGUGGUUAAUUUCUAUAGCGCUACAGACUCAUUCAUGACCUUCGAAGGCCACCAAAUACAGGGAGCACCCAAGAUUCUGGAAAAAGUUCAGAGUCUGAGCUUCCAAAAGAUUACCAGAGUGAUAACCACAGUGGACUCGCAGCCCACUUUCGAUGGCGGAGUUCUGAUCAACGUCCUUGGAAGACUACAGUGCGAUGACGAUCCACCACACGCCUUCUCGCAGGUCUUUUUCCUGAAGGCCAACGCAGGCACCUUCUUCGUGGCCCACGACAUCUUCCGUCUCAACAUCCACAACUCUGCCUAGAAGCAACCCACACCCCUACACACACCACUCAGCACCACACAUAAUCGACAUCCAAAGAUGCCCAGCGCCUAAUGAUAACAACAAGUGGAACUCAAAAAAAAGCAUAACAAAGCCAGCCAGCGGUCUCACGAUUAUCAACAAAUACAAAAGUUAGAAAAAGAAAAGAAAAAAAAACAAUAAAAAAAUAAGAAAUUAAA